AAAUUAAUUCGUAUUUUAUUUUCUAAAGUAAAUUACACAAAACAAAAUAAUUAUUAAAAAAUAAAUUUGUAAAUUGUAUAUAUUACAUAUUAUUAUAUUAUUGCAAAUUUUUUAUAUUUAUUUAUAUAUUCACGUUUUAUUACUUAUAUUAUUAUUAUAUUAUUAUUACUUAUUACUUAUAUAAAGUUUUAUAUUACAUAUGAUUUUAUUAUAUUUAUUAUAUUUUUAUAAUAAAUAUUUUUAUUUCUUUAUUAUUUUGUUUUUUCUUUUAUAUUUGAUCAAUAUUACAGAUAUUUUGGUUCAUUUCAUUCAUUCAACAAAAAUAUUUUUAAAAUAUCUCCACCUCUUUUAUAUUAAUCUAUAGCCAUGGUGAGAUCUCAUAUCGUUUUGGUCAUCAAGCAUCACAUCAUAUUACAUGAUAUGUACAUCAUAUUAUCUAAUCUAACAAUGAAAAUAACAUCAUAUUAUUAUUUUCUUCGUAUAGAAAUUUGUCGAAGAAAAAUUAAUUUAGUACUAUAUUAUAAUAUUACUAUUUAGUAAUAUUGAAAACGAAAAAUUUAUAUUUGAUAAUUUUAAAUUAUAAUAUAUAUAUUAAUUUAUAUAUUAUGACAAUAUAAAAUAAAAUAUAUAAAAUUGUAUACAGUUAUUUUCACAAUAAUGUGACACUUUUUUUUAAAAUACAAAAAUCAUUAGUGACAUCUACUCUGCUUUUUCCUUUAGUUUCUUAUCUAAUAAUGCUAGUUGCACUUUCCAAUCCCUAUUUAGUUAGUUUCAAUCAGAUUUUAUAUGUUAGAGUAUUACAGAUUUAUAAUGAUUUGAGAAAUUGUAAAUAUAGAUUGGUGUUCUUGAUGUAUUAAUUCAUUUUGUUUCGUCAAAGUGUGAAUAUUCGAAAUAAAAUUUUGAACUUUCGCUAUUUAGUACUUUUUAUUUUGAAAUCUAUUCCGAAAUUUAUCAGUUCAAUUUUAAAUCUUAAUAUUAACUUUUUUCUUUAUUGAUUACACACUUUUUCAGUUUUUUUUCCGAAAUCUAUUUGUACAGGAUUAAUGUUGGGUUAAAUUCCAUUUUGUACCUAAAUGCUUUUUCUCUCCAGUUUUACUCUAGUUUACUCACAAAUUGAAGAUGUGAUAUAAGUGGAAAAUGCAUAUGAUUAAGAAAUCGAAAUAAAACGUACAUCCAAAGAAUAUGUGCGCAUGAGUAAGUAGAACGAGACAAUCUCAGAGAUGCAAAGAUAAUUUCUAUAAAGUAUGGAAGGGAUGAAAACUUAUAGAUGAGAUGAAAUGAGAUGAUUGAAAGUGGAACCUUAGCAGUUGAUAAUAGACAGUUGGUAAUUGCGGUAAAUUGCAGGAAAUUCUCUAAUUAACUUGUUAUGGAGUUACGCGAAAUGAAUCGUACUUUUGACAGUGCAGAAGAAACUACAGAACUUUUAUCGCCAUCUCAUCGCGAUAACAUGGAAAUUGAAAGUUAUUUUAUCGGAUAUGCUAUUCAAAAAGAAAUAAUAAAUCGCAAUCGAUGUCCUGCUAGUCGUCGUUUACUUAGUCAAACAGCUCACUUAGUGGAUUUUAAUCUUACUAAUGGUAAUCAGAAGGAUAUCGGUAUUAGUAUGAUUCAUACUUCGAACGCAAAUUGGCCGCCUUCUAGAAAAAGAGAAGAAGCAAAAGCAUUGGAAAAUCUUAGAAAAAGAGUGGAACAAUCGAAAUUGUACAAAACAAAUCGAAUUUCAGAUACUUGUGGAUCAAUUUCUAUUUCUUCGGUUUUGAAUAAUGAUCAAAUUCAACAGUUUGGUAAUCGACCGAAAUUAUUAAAAAAGAUUCUGAGUAACAGGCCGAUGAGUAUCGCACAUGAUAGUAACGAUUUGGAGACUAAGUGGCGAGAUAGCGAAUUUAUAACGGAAUGUUUAUGUUGGCAUAAUGUUUAUCGGCAAAGACAUAAUGCACCACCUUUAACAAUAUUGCCGCAGUUAUGUGAAUACGCGCAAACAUGGGCUAAUCAUUUAGCGCAUACGAACACAUUUUACUAUAGAAAUGAUCGAGAAGUAGGACAAAAUCUAUAUUGUCGACCUGGUGGUGCUAUUCCUUCUGAUGUAACUGGACAAGAUGUUACAUCAUAUUGGUAUUCAGCGGUAAAGCAAUAUGAUUUUUUAAAAGAACCAGAUAUUCUCCAUGCUAAUGUAAAUGCAGGUCAUUUUACGCAAUUAAUUUGGACAAAUAGUCGUUACUUUGGAGUUGGUAAAGCUCGCAGUAGAAGCGGAAAAAUCAUCGUAGUAGCUAACUAUCAACCAGUUGGUAAUAUAUCUGGUCAGUUCCAAAAUAACGUAUUACCUCCUUUACCUGAAAACGUAAAUAUCACUUUAUCAUCUCAACGACAACCAUUUCCAAAAGUUUUUCGCGAACAUUAUGUUACAUCCGAUUUACCACCUCUAGCAUCAUCUUCGAUACCGCUUUCGAAUAGAAUAUCGACAGAUAGUAAUCGUUCUUCCAUUAGUUCUACGCAAUAAUAUAGACGUUCAAAUUGUUUUUUUUGCGUUUGUACACGUGGAUGGAAUGAGCGAUAAUCAAAUUUAAUAAUUUAAUAUCUUCUUUUUCUUAUUUUAUUUAACUUAAUUAAAACAGUAAAAAUUUAUGUAACAUGAUAACAAAUACAAAGCAGAAGAGAACUAAAAUAUGUUUGCAAAAAUGCAAGCAGCUAUGAAAUAGAAUAAAAUAUAUAUAAAUCUAAAUUAAUAACUAUUUCAUUGUUUAUAGCAAUAUUUAUUUAUCUGUUCAUUUAUUCGAAAAAUGAAAGGAAAAAAAGAAAAAAAAUGUCUUAAAUUGUUUUUUUUAAUUUUAUUUUAAGCAUAUAGUAUUAGGCAUAUAUGAAUGCCUAAGUAUUUUGAUUGAUUCAUAUAAAAAUUGGUAAACUCUGAUAUUUGAUAAAUAUCAACGCUGACAAAUAAAAAAACAUAAUUAUUAUUUAAAAAGGAAUUAUCAUUUUUGAAUAUAUUAUAUAAAUUUACAGAACAGAAAAUAAUUUUUUCUUAUAUAUGUAAUUGCUUGGCCUUUCUUUUUCAAAAUAGUUUAAAAAAAAAUUGUUAUUAUUUUAUAUAACAUUUUUUACAUGCUAUAAAUAUAUGUUGUAACAAUGUGCGUUAUAAUGCGCGUAAGCAUAUUAUUUUUAUUAAUAUAAACAUAUAAACAUAUAGCAGCAGAUAAUUAUAUAUAAUAAUAAGAAAAUUACUUUUUCAUGAAUUGUAAUAAAUUUAAAAUAUCUUAACUUAAUUUUAUAGCGACCUCGGAUAUUUAGCAGAAAUCAUUAUUAUCGUUAAUAUCCAUAAAAAAAUUUGAAAAUAAAAUAUGGAAAUAAAAUAUAAAACAAAUGAAAUUAUAAUAAUUAAAUUAUAAUAAUAUCAACAUUAUAUUUAAUAUUUAUUUUUGUGAUUUAAGAGUUGUUUUAUAUUUUAUUUUUUUAAAUAAGUUUUAAGGAUUUGAAAAUAAUGUUCAAGUUUGAAUAUGUAUAAAAUAUAAAAUUAUUUAAGAAUAGUUAUAUUAAUUUUAAUUAUAUUAAUUAUAUAUUUUGGUUUCAGCCAUUAUAAUUUAUUAUAAAUAAUUGAUAAGUAACAAUCAUAUAUGUUAUCAUUAACAUAUAUUUAUAGAUGAAAUUCUAUAUAAAAUAAUAUUCUUUUUGUAAUUAUUUUGAGAUCGACCAGUUAUAUAGGAUAUAGGAAACAAUUGUUUAAAAUGCGAAUUUUUAGAACAUAUUCAAAAAUCAUUGAAAUUAAAAGUGUUAUUCAAACAAUUUUCUAAAUAAUUAUCUCAAAAAUUGAUUAGUUAUUUAAUUAUAUGUAAUUUAUAAGUAAUUUUUUGUAUAUUCUAUGUAUAUAUUUAUCACUAUCAAAGAAUAAUUUUCUUAUCAAUAAAAUAUGUGAAUAUGUAACAAAAAUUAACUUGUGCAUCAACGAAAAAUAAUAUAUUAAUCAUUUGCAAUGAUUUUCAUUUUUAAUUUAUAGAAAUUAUGAUAAAUAAAUAAACAAGAUAUUGAAAGUUAUAAAUUUCGAGUUGAACAAAAUACAAACGAAAUGUAUACGCUUAUAUGAUAAAUAUUGCUCAUUAAAUUUGUUCAAUUCGAAAAUCUUUUCGUGACAAUAGUAUAUAUGUAUAUGAGAAUAUAUAUAUAGACAUAACAUGUUAAAAAAUGAAAAUGCUUUAAAAAUACUUUAUGAGGAAAAUAAAAAAUUAUCUCAAUUU